UUGCACAUCGCAUCGCCUCCAUAGAUGCUCAACCUAGCAUUUCUAAUGGCAUUUUUGUAGUGGUUACUGGAGAAUUAUUGGUUGACGAAGAGCAAAACCCACAGAGAUUUACCCAAGCAUUCCAACUCAUUCCUGAAGCUAACACCUACUGGGUACUUAAUGACAUCUUUCGUUUGAAUUAUGGAUGA